CGGAAGUACACCCACCGGUGACUGCAUUAAAACAAGUUUGGUGACAUUAAAUAUGGCAACUAGUACUAGAAUUGCUCAAACGUUUUUUUGUUUUGUUUUGUUUUUACGUACUUAUGUACAAUAUUUAGUUAUGUGAAGGGCUCUGAGAUGUUUUGCAUGAAUAAACGCUAUCUAAUAAUACAUUUCUUACACUACAGUACCGGUAUCUGUUGAAAAAAUAAACAAAGCUCGGAAUUCAUAGUCUUGUGUGUGAGCGCGCGUAUUUUUUUGAAUGCACUUAAUCGCUUUGACUCCAUGGGGGUGUCUAUGUAGUUGUCUAUACAUUGUUUACCGUGAAUCUCACCGGUUAAUAUAGCAACGCGCCCCAGCCUUGUUACAGUCCAAGGAUAACAACGAGAUUGGACUUGCUUUCAGACAGGGCGACCGUCACUGUGUACAGUGAUUGGAUAAAAAGCGUUGCGUAGCGUCUUAUGGGCGUGUUCUACGUUCGUCCCAGGUUGCGAUUGGUGGAAGCGCUUCCGCGCGGUAACUAUGAGGAAAAACACAAGUCUGUAUGGUAUAGGGCCGAUUUGGUAAUCCUUCGCUUUCCAGCCGCAGACUUUUGCACUGCUGUUGAACGGCUGUGUGGGUUAUGGCAGGCAGAAGGUGCGUGGUUGAUUGUCUGGCGGCGUUUCAGUCCCCAGCAUUAGUCGCAGAGCAAGCGGGUUCAAGCCAGGUGAUCUGCCGCGAGUCGGAUAUCUACCUGUGUAACGGGAGCGAGUUCGUGAGCGUCUACAGCAAACUGGAAAAGUGUGUGAAGGUGAUUUAUAGUUUCCCUGGAAAUGUUUGCCACCUGGCAGAGGACACAGAAAAGGAUAACCUUUAUGUUCUCUGCGCAAAGGAUGGGGUUUACUGCAUACCGCUGCAAAACAGGAUGUCCACAGGCUCCCAGUCUCAUGGAGACCUAGUGGGUUCGUGCUCGGUGUCUCCAGACUCCUGUGUGCUCAGAGACCCUACCGUGCUCUCUUUCAUUUUCCUGGAGUCCAUCCUGGUCACUGUGGGUCAGGCUGGCAAAACGUGGACAUUGAGCCUCUUUGAAACUGUAGACAAGGGCCAGAGUCCUUACAGGAAGCUGGAAGAGCUGCAGGUUCCCAUUCUGGCCACAAGGGGCGCCAGCUCCGCAGGCAAGGAUUGGAGGCCUCCAGCGCUGUGCUGUAUUUACCCACAUGGGGCAAAGGGAAAGGCCCGCAGCGGCACAGGCCAUUUCUCCCUGGAGCCAGGCUUGUUCAGCCUCCUCUUUGGGGUCGAUGCCUCCAUGGUAGCCUCCCCUGUAGUCCUCUGUGGCCUCCCGGAUGGGCGUCUCUGCUGCCUGCCAUUGCGGCUUCCAGUGAGCCUCGCCCCUGCGGACAAAGGUGAAGAGUCAAAGGUGAGGGUGCUCCACCACUUGGGCCAGCCAGUGUGCUUCAUCGGGGCUUCCCUCGCCGGGGAGAAAGGAAAUGGCUGCCUGUUGGCGCUGGGGUGGGGCGGUAAGGCGUUGGUGGUCACUCCCCGGCUGGGAUCAGAAGGAAGGGUGGCUGGUUUCACAGAGCAGCACCUCUCUAGCCCCGUAGCCAGCGCCUGCUGCAGUGGCACUCAUCUCUACUACAGCACAGGAUCCCAACUGCUGGCUCUGCAGCUCAGCCCUGGGACACCUGAGGCAGGGGAUUCCAAGGACUCCUGGGAGAGGGCAGUCCCAGACCAGACCUCGCCGGUCCCUCCACACUCCCUGUCUCCUGUCAGCUUAAACGUCUGCAGCCUGGCAGCCCUGGCCCUGCCUGCUGACAGCCCGACAGGUGCUGUGGAGCUGGUAGCCAUGACUCAGAAAGGGACACUGCUGCAGAUCACCCUGCCCGAGAGGUCAGACGGGGGUCAGAGGGCCAGACUGACCUCAUCCCUGGCUGGUCAGCGAAUCAGGGACCUGCUUGCUGGGAUAGGAAACGUGUCGGACAGAGUCUCCUCUUUGAAAAGCUGCAUACAGCAGAAGAAUGAUGCCUUGAAGCACUUAAACCAGGUCUUCAACGUCUGCUGCAUGCUGCUGUCCAAUCAGGAAGGGGGAGAAAAGGGAGCGUCCCAGUGCAAGCAGCCAAUCAGCUGCCACGUUUCUGCCAGGUGGAGCCGCUUGCUUCUCCAGGAUACCCUGAUCUUAACCUGCUGUCUAGAAAACUCCAGCGACUACGUUCUGGAGCAAGGCUGGACGCUGUGCAUUCAAGUCACCCCACAAUCUUGCCCUUUGACCCCCGAGACAGCAGGUUCCGCUCGGACAUACGCCUUCCCCUUCGACAAGCUGCUCCCGAGUAAAAGCAUGGAAGUGACUCUCCCUUUGGCUCCUGGCAGUGACCUGGUCCUUCCUGUGUCGGUCCACUGCUCCCUUGCUUACAGCUUGAAGAGCAUCUUGGGAGUUGAGGUAAUUGGGCAUCUGCCAUCCCAUAACCCACUGCUUUCCUCACAAGCAAACGAUGGACAUUGUAUCAGCCUGGCUCUGAGCACACAGACAGUGGAUUGGUUGGACUGUCUUCGAAUCUGUGAACCUGUUGCCAUGGGAAACAGGGCCUGCUCCUGGUCCAAUCCCUUAGCUGACCCAGUACAGGUCUUACUGAGUUCAAGGAAGGCGAUGGGUCAGAACCGUGACCCAAAGAAUAAAGGGGCUGGUCUUGGGCUUGAUGGGGGACCAUUCGUGGCUUCUGUUAAAGUGUCUUCUGAGGUGCUGACAACUGCACUUAAACUGCGUGGCUCAGGACCCUCUCUAGCGAGCUCCACCCUGCACUGGCUGCUGUCCUCCAAUCCUGAAGCAGACUCUCUCAGAUCUCAGGCCCUGCCCGUCCUUACUGCUGCUGCCCCUGGAGGCAGCAAGGUCCGACUUCUAGCCAAGGAGAUUUGCCUGAGGGAUCUGUCUGCUGACCGUCCAAUCACAGCCGUGGAGAUUCAGAUUGAGAGCGCCUCAUUGGCUGAGCUCUGUGGUCUGCAUCAUUCCAUCUUGUGCCGCAUCCAGCCCCUGCUGAAGGAAGGUGUGUCUGGGGACGGAGCUCUGCCGGGUCUGCGUACACAGCGCCUCAGGGAGCUCUUACACCAUGCUGAGGUGCUCUCCAAGGAGGUGCAGGGGGUGAGGGACCGGAUGAGCCUCGGCCUGGAAGCAUCGUCCAGCACAGCAGAGAAACUGCUCCACACCUACCAGCAGCUCAGGAACACAGAUCUGCUCCUGCUGUGAGAGGGAGGGACUCAGAACCCCUUCAACCAGCACUGUGUGGGGUUCAGCCCACCUGGACCCACAGUGUUUGGGGAUUUAGGGCUUAAAUCUCCCAGCUGAAACAACAACAAAAAAGUACCAGAAAAUACCUUUCUUCAAUAGUAAUCUUUGUUUAUGUCUAAUCAUACUAUGUUUUGGAACAUCAGCCUUAAAUAUAUAUUUUCAAACGAUAUGUUUAAUCUGCAGGAGGGUCCCUUAGCUGCUAACAAAGAGAGGAAAAAGCCUUUUUAUUUGCAAUCAGCAGAUAAACUACAGCCUUGUAUUGUUCUCCGAUUAUUAACAGGUUCAGAAAGCCACUGCGCCAAAACCUCUCCACCCGCCACCCUGCCAGUCAUCUUCUGUAAAGGUCAGGUUUUAGUGCUGGGAUUACUUGACGAAUAAAAUGGCCCUUUCAGCGACUUUCGUAAGUGUUUUAGUCUUGAUCGAUGUGGCAUUUCCUGAUGCGUUUUUUUUUUUUUUUUGGAGGAUGCACUGUCUAUCGCCAACACCAUCAAGGGAGCUUAACUCUUCUUUUAAGAUAUGCUGUCGGAAAUCACGUUGGAACCUCACUGGACUCCUAGGUCCCAGUUUGAGGAAGUGUAUAAAUAUAUGUGUAAAAACCUUUUUUUGUCCUGUUCUCAUGUAUACCCAAUAAAGGAGUUUAUUCUUCAGAUCGUCAAAAAUAAUUAAAGCCUGAAAAAAGACCAACUUGGUAUGGAUAUGAAAUCCCAGGUAUCUUUACUAAGUAUUCUAAUAGUGGUUACAAGAACUGUACUUGAAAAUUAGACACUUCAGAGCUUUACAGAGGCCACAUGGCUGCUUCAAACCAGGGCUGCAGAAUAGUUGUGCACAAUGAGACCUGAAGAUUUUCUACUAACUAUAGUUUUUUGGGAGCCAUCUCGUAUCAGCAUCAGCUGCCACCGGAAACCCCCUUCCUAGCUAUUUUUUGCACAGCUAACCGAAUCUCUUAUCAGAUUGGAAUUGAAACUGCAAUGUUAAGCCUAGCCUGUAACUAAUUGUAUAAAUGUAUCAUUAUUUGGUUCUGGAAGGUUUGGAGUCUGUGCUUUAAACUUCACCAGGAUGGUAUGACCAAAACAAAAAAUGAUGGACAAAAUGAAUCUAAAGAAGAAUACACGAGUUAAGAUGCCUGUGGUAUUUAACACCCACAGCUCUUUAAGGAUCUUAGAAGCCACUUGACAGUAUUUAUUGUAGCCACUUCACCCGUCUACACCAAGCGUGUCUGCAUCAGGAAUAAUCCACGCUAGCGCAAUGGUCCCCCCAGAAUGUGUUUAAUGCAUUGCCAUUGUCACUAAGCUGGGCUCUCGCUGAGGCUGCGUCUGCUCUGUUGCUUGGCAGCAUUGGGGACGGCUCAACACUGCAUCCUCUCCGAUAAUCCCUGCCUCAGCUCUGCUGGUUGAAGAGGAGGGAGAGUUCAGCGCUAGGCCAGCGCUGUGUAAUUUCACUGGAGAGCACACCCCUCCAUACCAAGCAUUCCUGCGCUGACAAACAGCAGCUGUGCUCCCCCGAGCAGCUGCAGACAGGGGCAGCCCAGGCAGGCAGGCAAGCAGAUCCCCACUAUAGGAGGGAUCCUCUUUGUGACAAGCUACUAAAACAGCAGCUGUACUGAAUGCAGGGGCAGGCUA